UUCCAGACUUCUUUUUUUGAGGGGAUUGAAGACUUUGGCUUUUGGCUUUGAGGAGACGGUGACUUUUUUGAAAGAUUUUUGGGAUAGAGAAGGUAUGUUUGUGUGGGUUUUUGUUUGUCUGAUUUUGCGUCUUGGAGGGCGUGGAUGGUUGGAUGGAUAGACAGACAGUUGGAGAUCCGUCAAGACUCCUUCCCUUCAUUACAAACUCUCCAUCCCUCCUCCCACCCAUUCAAGCUAACACCCACCCACCGCAGAACCAUCACCUCCCCAGCAACAAUAAUGUCCUACGACGAUUCCUACGGCCGCGGCGGCGGUGGCGGAAGUUACGGCGGUGACGAGCGCCGCGGAGAGGGCUCCGGAGGUGCACGAGAUGAGUACUAUGGAGGGGGAAGCCAGGGUGGAGACGCGUACGGCGGAGGUGCUAGUGCUGGUGGGGAUAGCUAUGGCGGCGAGCGACGACAACAGGGAGGGGGUGAAUAUGGAGAGCGCCAGGGUGGUGGGUAUGGAGGGGGCGGGGAUAGCUAUGGUGAUCGUCCGAGUGGUGGGUAUGGAGGCAGUGGAGGAAGCUACGGCGACGAACCGCGCCGUCAAGAAGGCCACCACGGCGACUACGGCGGCGCCUCCGACAACUUCUCCGGCGCGGCUCAGCACGCAUCUUCCCACGCCGGCGACUCCGGCGACUCGAGCCUGUUCAGCACCGCGCUGGGCAUGCUGUCCGGCAAGAAGUCGAAGCUGCAAGACGAAGGCGUCGACGAGGACGACGCGGUCACGCAGCACAGGAAGCUCUACGGCGGCGGCGAUAGCGGAGGCCACGAGCAGGCUACGUCCGGAAAUGUGGGCGCUGCUGCGGCCAUGCAGGCGAUGAAGAUGUUUACGGGCGGGAAGGCGGAGGAUGCGAAGGGCGGGCAGAGUAAGUUUAUUGGGCUGGCGAUGGCGCAGGCGGCGAAGUUGUUUGAUCAGCAGAGUAGUCAGGGGAAGACGGUGAGUUGUUUAUUUUUGUCCGGAUGGAUGGAUGGAUGUAAGAGGGUGAGGGUGAAGGCUGACAAGUGAUAAAGCACCCGGAGGCUACGAAGCAGGACGCUGUUGCUUCGGCGGCUCAGAUGGCGUUCAAGAUGUAUAUGAAGUCGGAGAUGGGAGGCGGGAGCAGUGGCGGAAGCUCUGGCG